GUUUCAGCUGAAUUUUAUGUUACCAACAAUUGCCGUAGCAAUAUAAUGCCAUUAUUUUCUAGCUCUUCACCCUUUGAUCAAGAUGUUGGUACGUUCAAGUCUACUUCCUUCUCUUCGCUGUUCGAUAAACAAAGUGAAUGACUUUCGUCCCUUUUUCUUGUUCACAGAGAAAGCGACAAGUGAACUCAACACAACGGAAGACUGGCAACUUAUUAUGGAAAUAUGUGAUCGUAUUCCUCGGACACCAUCUGGGUUUGUAGACUAAGUAUUGGAAAUUUAAAUAAGUUGUCGUUCCUCGAAUCAUGUCGUAAAUCGCCUUUAUAUUUACGCUGAAAUUUAUCCUCAAUAUAUUCCUCAUCAGCUUCUUUAUAUUGUUGCGAAUUGUUAAAGUUGGACUUGAGCUAAGAAAUUGUUAACUUCUGAAUCUUUAACUUGAUAUUUCCGUGACACUUCGCCGUAAAUUAUCCUAAGAGUUGAAUUUUGGCACAACUUUGUGCAUUGAACUAAAAAGAUGACGUAGCUUUAAAGGAUUUACCUUCAUGCAAUGCAGCUUUCAGUUAUUUGGACAUGUCAGCUGUAAUUGAUAAUCAAUCUAUUGUUAUUGAUUUUCUUUUUGUCGACAGAAAGUGAUAAAUUGGUGUAAGCUUAAUAUCUUGAUCCUUCUGUGUAACAAUAAUAAUUUGUUUUAAGCUUGUUUGUGCAUUUUUCUGUAAUUUGUGCGUAACUUGCUGACUAUACUAACAGUAUGACUGUCAUGAGUUGACAGUUUCUCAUUAUCCAAAAUAAUAUUUAUUUCUUGUAUUUAAGAGUAAUGAUUAAAUAUUAGUGCUCUCUCAAAAGUUGACACUGGAUUUCACUUUUGAUGAAUUGUGAGCCCUGAAUUCCUAAGCAUUCUUUGCUACAUAAAUGUAGCAAGCCCUCCAAGUUCUAGAAAAAGCAUACUCUCCUACUCUUCUCAGAUUUUCAGAGUCAAACCAACCACAAUGCUUGAUCCUUGUGAUUGUGAUUAACUUAUUCUUAAUCUAUGUUUGGUUGCAUCUGAUACAUACGUGGUUCCAGAAUUCUAUAUUACUAUGUCGCAGGUAUGGUCAAAAUGAAAUUCAGAUUAAAUUGGAUUCAACCCAGGUUGAUUCUGCCUUUCCUUUGUUUCCUAGCCCUUAUUAUAAAAAUUAUGCACAUGUCAUCUGCUUGCCCCGGAGGUAGACCCCCAGGCCAAUCAGGGGAAUAUAUCGGGGAAUACAGGGGGAUGGAUUGGAUUCUCUACCCCUGGGUAGGUGAAAAAUUGACGCCAUUGUUUUAGUUCGAAGGGAAGAGGGUGGGGGAAUUGCAAAUUUUGUAAAAUCGGGAAUGGUGACCAUGAGGAUAUCACAAGGAUUUAUUGCAAAAUGGGUUUUAUAAAAGGGGAAGCAACUAACUCAGUGAGAGAAAUUUUUCAGCAAAGCAAACAAGACCUUGAACCAGGUAGCCUCCCCGCAGACGUCCUUUGGGGUUCGUUUGUCACGCAUUCAUUUCUCCCCCACAGACGUCUGCUAAACACAGCCGACUUUUACGUUCUGGAUUGUUUGAAUAAGCCAAUAAGCGGUUAGUUAUUGUGUCACGAUCAGCCAAUCACGUGCUGUGAUAUAAGUGAUGUCUUUUGUACUCUCAAGUGAAUUAUUCAUUCGCACCGCUAUCUUCUACCUGAGACGACUCAAACGUUUUGAAAAAAUCACAGAAACGAUGCAAUAAAGCUGCAGUCAGCUGUAUAUUUUUUUCGGAAGUUGUGACUAUAAAAUAAUCUGCUUUUCUUUGAAAGACUUCAGACAACAGUCUCCCACACGAGCGCGGAGUGGUUUUCAGCGCGGUCGAAAACAAUAAUUACUAUUAACUCUGUAUAUAUUCGAAGUAUUAAGAAAAGAGAACUUGUAAACGUGUAUACGGAAGAUAUUCAAAGCAUUCUUCGAAAACAAAAGCCGUUUCCUUUUUUGCGAAAUGUAAUUCCACCAAGGUCAUGGGUCGCGGACCAAGGACCAGUAUGCAAAAUUUGGUUAUAUUUUUUCAAGAGUCCGAGUAGAACAAAAAAUUCGAAGUCUACAGCAAUGUGCUUCCAACGGCAGAAAAAGGUUUAUCUGAAAACUUGUUCUGCAAAAAGGCACGUCCUCCUGUUGCGUUUUAUUUAUUCACAAGCUUAGUAAACAUGACCACGGUGCUGCCGAAGUCCAAACUUCAAGCUAGAACGACAAAUUAACCUACCUGUCAACAAACUUUAAUCUCGCUCCUUCAAAGAAAGAAAGAAUGCUUAUAUCAAUAAAUCAUUGAACCUUUUAUUGUUCAUUGUAUUUUAUUUCUUGACGAAAUAUUUAAUCACGCUCGGGAAAGUCGCCAACCAAGGACCACAUACUAACUGUACAAGUCACUCGCUAACAUUUCCUCCACCGAUCGAUCUUCAACCAAGCUUCUGGGCUUCCGUACAGCUGUCCAUAAACAACAGAGAAAGUCCCUCUCUCGACAACCCUCAUAUUCUCUUUGCUAAUAUCACUGAGCGUUACAGCAGGAAUACCAAUAUUUUCCAGCUUUGUAGAUUGAUGUUUCAAGAUUUACCAGGGAAGAAACAACAACAACAAUAAUGUCCAGUACUUCCACGCACUGUGUCGCAAACAAGCAGCAAAGCUUGAUAGAUAAAGGAUUUGCCAAAUCCCGUCGGCAAAUUUAUGAACUCAUCGGGCCUGGCGCACGCUACUGGUGUAUACGGCUAAGAAUCUCACAUCGUUUGGCUCUUAUGAACUUAUUAAAACUCAGAUCGCAUCAAUAUUUGGCAAGAAGUUAAACUUUAUAAACAGCUUUUCAUUGAAUUUUUUUUUUCUGGCUGUAAGACCAAAAUAAAAUUGAAAUAUGAAAAGUAUGGCUCAAAAUGGGACCAUUUUUUAACAGCUCGCGUAACAUUUACAGUCUAACCACGCAUAUUGUGGGAUUUCUCUGUUUCUGUUAAUGGUACUUUGGAAAAAUUUCUCCGAAGAGGUCAGUGACUUAUGAGUACUAACUGUAUUAAAAAUUACUGAACAUAAAGGCAAAACAACAAAGUUUAGGGCGUUUUCAGAAAGAUGUUCUGUCUACAUACGAUCUCUGUGCAGCGCGAACGUCAAUUUAAAAGAUUGGUUUUCAUUGACUUUCUGUUGUUGUUAAGAGAAGAAAUAAUAAUUUUUGGAAUGCUCAUAAGUUAAACCUUCCUUAUAGACUAACUGUUAAGACUUCUGGAAACCCAUUUUUACGCUAAGAUCAAAUAUGUAAGGUUAGACAGCAUUUUUUUAACGUGAAAAUUCGUAAACCGUGCGUUGGACCGAAAAUCGGAUUCUAGAGUGUGCUUUGGCAUAAAGAUUUUGUGCCUAAAAUGUGCCUAAGAUGUGCAUAAAGUGUGCAUUUUAGUUUUGAAAAACGUGCCUAAGCCGUGCCUAAGUUGUGCCCAAACUGUGCCUAAUCUGUGCACAAGUUGUGCCAAAAUAUUGAGUCACUCGGAAAAUCGUGUCCAGCCUAUCGAGCUCCACAGCGAACGAAGGGCGCACGGCAAUUAUGUCAGUUUUGAGGUUUACAAAGUCUAGAAACACGGUCUGACGACCUUUUUAUCCCCUAAUAAGAAAUAACAUGACUCAGAAUACGGUUAGAGACAGCAGGGGAAGCCCCGACAAACAGGAAAAUGGAAUCUUAAACAGGUUAGCGUAUUUAAAGUAAGUGCUCAGCUCAAUUACAUUGUUGAUAUGCUAAUUUCAUCGAUGUUAAAAAAUUUCCAAGUAGGUUUCUUCUCCCCUUCUUAAUGGAGCGUUUAGGUGGAACGAAACAUUUGUUUUUUUCGGGAGGGCAGAUUUGCAUUCAAAAAAAGAAUUUACUUGUGAUAUGACUUAUAAAAUGAAAACGAAAAAAUUGAUUGCACGCCGAUGAGUUUUGAAGCAAAAUAAAUGGCACGUCUCAUCGAUUGUUAUACGAUCAAAGCUUAAUUUGCUAACAGAGCCAGAGAACAAAAACAAACAAGCAGCUUGAAUUAUUUUACUACUAAGUGUAAAUCCUACUUUUUUUAGUUAGAGAAAUAUUUUUAAAAAGCAGCCGCAUUUUGUAUUAAAAACACAACACGCGUUGGCAUGAAGGUUUCAAAUUACCACUUUGUACUUUUCAUGUUGUUAUGCAAAUUCAGGCCAAUUUUACCGCGAUCGCAAAAAGUAUUAUUUUUCUACGACUUUUAUUGGCUCUUUUUGUGCCUUACUUCUUUAGCUUUGUUUUUGUUAUUAUGGCUUCGACUUUCUUUCACGAUUUCUUUGAGAAACGAAAGAAAGCGAGUCUAUAAAAUUGCAUGGCAAUUGAAAAGGUUCAGACCGCAUACAUCGCGUGUGAAUUUCCUCUUUAUCCUUGGAGUAAACACGGACUGUCGAAGAAUACUUUAAUUUUUCAGACUUUCGGCGCGGCUCAAAACUUACACUUCCUAUACUUCUAACUGUAUCGUGUUUGAUCUGAAUUAUUUUUGUAAUUCGUACCAAGUUUGUUCUUUUUUGCAAGUCGGGUUACAAAGAUUUUCAAAAAAGUGCCCAGCGUUGAAUAUUUGUGCCUAAACCGUGCCUAGACCGUGCCCAAACUGUGCCCAAACUGUGCCUAAAAUGUGCCUUAGCAAUAUUUAAAACGUGCCUUAACUGUGCCUAAAGUGUGCCUAAUCUGUGCCUUUGCAUGUUUUUUUCCCGUGCUUUGGCACAAAAACCGUGCCUUCUCUUGAGCGCGAAUUGUGCAUAAGGCACGGUGUUACGCUCGUGUACACCAGUAGCGUGCGCCAAGCCAUCGGUCUUCGCUAUAAAAUUUGCAGGAUAGCUUCCCUCUGAUACUUGUUUAACUCUGUAUUAAUUACAAAUUUCUCACACACUGGAUCAAAAGCCUCACUGAUCGUGCGAAUCUUAAGAAGCGGCUCAGGUUAAGUUUUACAAAAAUCGGUAAACAGCCUGUGAUUGGUGAACGUCAGUGUUUAGCAGACGUCCGUGGGGGAGAAAUGAAUGCGUGAUAAACGAACCCCAAAGGACGUCUGCGGGGAGGCUAUGAACCAGGCUACCCUUUAACGCUUGUUCAAGAAUUAAUACUUACUUAAGUUAAGUUCACUGACAGCAUUGAUGCUCUUUGCAACAAAACAAAACAAACAAAAUAGAUUUUGUGGUUUGUUACUACCUACAAUGCCUACAAUCAGGGCACACUGAAUCUCUAAAAGAUUCUCAUGAAACACUGGGACAUCAUUCAACAGCACUGAUUGUCUCCUACAGGAAGGGAAAAUCUCUCAAGGACAUUCUAGUCCGUGCAAAAAUUCCUCAAAUCCCGUGACAAUCACAAAAUCAACGAAGCUGUUAAAAGCAAACUAGAACUUGCAACUUGCAUACGAUCACCUUAACUGACUUCUAAAAAUGGCAAUCACACAUCCAUUCAUUUAUUAAAAAACAACCGGCUCAAUAUAUUUUCAGAUCUCUUAAACCUAUCACUGAUCAUUCUUAUUAUGAACGCAGAAGCUGAGGACUUGUAGACUUUAUUAAAAAAUUCAUACGUAAAUGAAAUGCAAUGAAUAACUGUAGUUUUUUCGGCAUCAUGAGGUAGAUUAUUUCAGGUCAUCUUAAGUAGUCCGUGGAGAAACUAUCAGUCUCUCCUAUAACCUUGGUCUUCAGGGGUUCUUUCAUUGUAGUGAUUUUUUUUUCAAUAAAGAUAUAAUAUUGCCUUUCCAAGCCUAACGCAAUUGAGUAAAAUUUCAUCCCCAAAUAUCAUAAAAAUGCCCCCCUGCGUCAAGUGAAUCCCAGUUAUAUGAGGUGGAUAUCAGGGGGAUUUUUCGUGGAGAGGCACUUGACCCAGGGGACUUUGUCUUAUUAAAUUCCCCCACCCCAGGAGAAAUCCUCAACUUUGCUCCGUCCAUUUUACAAUCCCCCUGGUUGGCCCACGGGUCUAACCCCAGGGCAAGCCAAAGACAUGUGCAUUAGGACUAAUAGACAAAGGAAAUUAAGAAUGAACCAAGGUUAAAACACUAUUAACCCAAACUUCAUUUUGAUCUUCAAUAUAUUUGUACCCUCCUGUGGAUGGUCAGUGGGCAUUCUAAGGGGUUAGAAAGGUCCAGAGAUUGAAAUAUCCAGGGGAACGUGGAUUGAACAUAUCUGACUUUUUUCUAGAAUGGCUAGCAUCAGAUUCAGGGGGAGCAAGCGGUGGCGCAGUUGUGAGAGCACUCACCCGCCACCAAGAGUUCAUGUCUAAUGUGAAAAGUUGAACGUCUGGGAUUUUAACUGGGCUACACAGUAUGCAAAGAAAGUUGUGUCCGAUAGCCUGGGGCUAGAGGAUUUUGCUAUCGGGCUAGUGAUUUUUGUUCUUAACUUGCCCAACGGGCAAGUGAAGUUUUUAGGGGAAAUUCAAAUUACAGAAGGAUUGUAAUCAAUCCUGCUAAUCAGAGAGGGUUUUGGGACUAGUUCAAAUGACUUGUGGGUGGGCUAGUACAUGCUAGCUACAGCUUGCCCGAAUGAGAGGCCAUAAAACUGACUUUCUUUGCACCCUGCUACAUGUCAGGGUCGGUCAGGGUUUUUGGGUAUACGGUAUACAGGGGUUUUUUAAAUCGGGCAUACAGUAUAUUGCAGCUUAAAUACGGGUAUUCAGUAUAUCGCUAUCUUUGAAUUUCAGGUAUAAAGUAUACCUGGGUAUAAUUUUGGGUAUAUUUGGAUGAAUUUUGGGUAUUUUUGAGUAUUUUGGCGAAUUUUUUUCGGGUAUACUGGUAUACCACUACCCCCCUGGCCGACCCUGACAUGUAGUUCUUACUCUUUCCUGGAGCAGGCUUAUUUUGGUUCUAGCGUCAUAAAAAUUAAAGGGAGGGUAACCAUGAUACAGUAGGUUAGUGCAUCUUUAACCCUCACACUCAUUUUGUAUCUUUUUGUGUGUUUAGGCCCAAGGAUGCACUGCGGUCAAUAAUGAAAAGGGUUAACCAUAGAGUUCCUCAUGUUGCCAUUCAGGCGCUUACUGUAAGUCAGACACUAAAAUGAAAUUUAAACGGAAACCAUCAGGAAAUUGAGUAAUAUCAAUUUUCAGUGGGCAAAACUCUUGUACCAGAUGAAACUGUGUCACAUUCUCUUUUACACUUGUCAAGGGCUUUAAUAAUAACACCAAAGACAAUUUCGUAUUUGAGCCUAAGAAAAUGAAUUUCAAAUUUCACAGGAAUUGAAAAAACACAGGUAAAAUGUCAUGCAUUGGUAUUUCCCCAGCUCCCACAAGACAUUUUCCUUGGUCUUUUCACAGAUAACUAAAUAUAAUUAUCUGUAGCCCUAUCUAGAAAACUGUAAAAACGAAUGCAAUAUGCCGUAAGUUAUUCUGGUACAGAGUACACAUUGUAUUUGUCCACUGAAAAUUAAGUUUAUUCAAUUUUUCUUCCAGUGGAUUCUGUCUCAAACCUUUGUUUCCAAAGAUAGAGUGUCAAGAACUUGAAAAUAAGCACCCAUAAUAAUCAGCAUUCAUGUAACUUUUCGUUGUUUCAUAUUCUUUAUCUCUUGAAAUUGCUGGAUAAUCACUGAAGCAUUCAUUGUUUUGUUUUAUUUAGCUCUUGUCUGCUUGUGUGAAUAACUGUGAUAAAGUAUUUCACUUGGAAGUUUGCUCCAGAGACUUUGUCAAUGAAGCAAAGAGUGUCAUAUCGAGAGUAAGUUAGAUAUGUGCAUUAAUAUUAUUAUUUUUUUAAUAAACUGAAGAGACGGGUCAAUACCAAAAAGAGGGGUUCAGACCUAUAUUUUUUUAAAGCUGCCAUGUCCAAUCACAAAAAACUUGCAGUGUCGUAUUCUGACUUGUGAGGUUAAGAUAACUUUGUUCUUACUACUUACACGUGAGUUAAUUAAUCCUUAAGGGCCCCUUUUUUCAGCCCAAGAGGUUUGUAGGUUCCUAAAAUUAAAAAUUCUAGUAAGAGCACUGCCAUUGUGUAAAUGGAAUGAAAUUAUUGUAUGAUGGUCAUACCGUAAUCAUCAAGAUCAUUGUUGCUCAAUGUACUAGAGGGCACAUACAACGCCUGUCUUUUCUGCCUAAACCACCCUGUUUUGUACUGUAGCCAUUGGCCUUCCUCUUAUUUUAGAACCAUUCAGGCCUCCGACUUAUCGCUGAAGUUGUAAUAUGUAAAAGGUAAACUUUACCAAGACCUUGAUGAUUAAGGAAUGGCCUGAAAGUCUCCCCUAAGAUCCACAUAAUAUUACCUACAAUGUACUGUAUAAUAAUUAGUUAUAAUUUUAUAACUUUUCAGGCACAUCCCAAAGUAACAGAAAAACUGAAAGGCCUUAUAAAAGAAUGGUCUGUGAGCUUUAAAGAUGAUCCCCAGUUAAGGUACGUAAUUUAUUUUCAAUGCUUAUUUACAAGGCUUGCUUGUUAUUCAUCACCCAUAUUAAACCAGAUAUAUAGUUCAUGUUAUGUUUCUAAAAAUCUAUACAUGUAAGUAACAUAAUAUUUAUUCUCUUUGUCCUGAUAAUGGCUUAUAUUUCAGUCUAAUACCAGCACUUUAUAAGGAACUUAAGGCAGAAGGAGUAGAAUUUCCCAGUGACACAUCUAAGGUUGGUAGAUUUUUUCUGAGCACUCUGUUUUCAUUCGGAGCAUUUUUUGUUCAGAAAGGGAAAGAUCUUUGUAGUGUAUUAUAAUAAUACUAAACUUUCAUACUAUUAGUGACUUUUGAGUUCUUAUUUUGAGCUAAUCAGUACCAGGGUUCUCAAUAGAUUUUUAAGUAGGAGGUGAUCACUUAUAAAGUAGGAGGCUCUUCAGCAAAGCCAGAGGUGUCAAAACAAAGCAAAGAAAAGCGACCUAAACACAAAGUAAGCGGCUAUAAAUCCCAAAGUAAGCGGCGAUCAAUCGCCGGGUGCCGCCUUCUAUUGAGAACCCUGCAGUACACAUGAUGUUUUUAUAUCAUGACUGGUGGUCAUUUGACAAUUUCUUACUACAAAAUUUGACCUUGAUGGACAAAAUCUUACCUUCAGUCACGUACAAUGUAUUUUGUAAGAUUUGUCUUGUGAUUUGGCCUCCAAAAUUCUUCACUCAUGACUUAAAUCAGUGUUUACAUAGUAACUGGUAGUUAUGUGGUUUCAGAUGAAAUUUUUUUCGAGAUUAUGUUUCUCCUGAUCUCUUAUCAUAAAGGUUUGAGUUCUGCUUGCAAACAAGCAGCAGCAAAACACAAAUUGUGCUAAUGUCAAAAAGUCUAACGACUAUUGUUUAACAGAUUCAUCAUGUUUACAAGGCUUGCGAACUUUUUGUGUCUGUUGUUCAUAAACACUAGAUAAAAAAAAUAAUUACUACAUCGACUGAUCGGUACUCAUUGACCAGAUUUUGGACAAAUCUACAUCAUUAGUAUGGAAUAUUAGGAGCUGAAUUGUAGAUGACUCUCUCGUGAAAUGUCCCCAGUAGCAAGGAGUUAGGAGAGAUGGCUGUAUUUGCCAAUGGCUAUUAUUUUGACAGUGAAGAUUUGCAGUACUUAAAUAUUGAAACUAUGUCCUGGAACUACAUCGUCUGAAUAAAAUCUGAAUUAUGCAACUCGGUUGGACUUCUUGGUUGGACUAAAUGAUGGAGCAGCCCUGCUUUAAUACCAAGGUUUUCCUUUUUUGUUAAGGACUCAAGCUCAAGUUUGUCCAGUUCACCUCCUCGAUCAUCAUCAGCAAAGUCAACGUCCAGUGCACGACAAGAAGAUGAAGAUUUGGCCAAAGGUACUUACACAUUGUACUUGUACUUGGAUAAAAGAUGUUGUUUUUGGUUAUUGACUAUUGACACUAAUAUCUUUCCCUUUUUAAUGAUUCAAAGGUUGCAGUUAUCAUCAAAGCUAUAUGAUAAAAAUUACCGGUAGAGAAAUGAGAUAUGUUGCUCAAUAAUUUUCAGCUGCAGAUUUUGGCAUUUGUAACAUCCGCUUUGAAAUCACUGGCCAUCCAUGCAAUCUGAUUGUCUCUCAGCAGUGUGAUUUAUUCCCAAAUUGCACCAUUUUUUGCUCUAAGUUGCAUCUUUCUCCCUGCCAAUGAAGAAGGAACACUAAAACAGCACAACCAAACAGAUUUCAAAUCUUGUUUAAAGUAACAAAUCAAAUUUCAGGUUAAGUGGAUGUAAUAAAGUGGUAAUUGAACUUUGUGUUGUGCAAUGUUCGUCUGAAAUCAUACUUGUUGGUGUAGAUGUCAUGUUACAAGUCAAAAUUGAAUUCAGGUUAAUUUUUUUUAACCUACAUGUAGGUUGAUUCUCCUCUUCUGUCUCCUAGCUCUAAUAAUAUUAUUCUUGAACAAGGGCUAGAACACAAAGAAAAUUGAGAAUCAACCCAGGCUAAAAAUUUUUAAUCUGAAUAUAAUGUAACAUAGAUAUUAAUCAUAAAAUUAAUAUACAUUGUAAUUACACCAACAGCACUACCCUCUGUGUCCUCUCCACUACCACUGCGCUGUAUUGGAGUGAAUGUGAAAUUUACACUCCUUUCCCUGUCAUUUUGCUCUUCACCUAAAACAGAGAUUUGUGCCCUUAUGUUAGCAUUGCUGGCUCCGCAAAAAGCCAAGUCAGUGUUGGAUAGUGUACUUACAACUUGUAUUACUGUAUAAAUAAUUUAAGUUAAAAAAUUAAGCAUCUGUCUACAGGGAAAGAGUGAUUGUAAAUAAUUUUGAGAAUUAUAUGUUGAGUUAAGUUUUUGGAUUUUUUGUAGCAAUCGAGUUAUCUCUCCAAGAGGCUGAAGCUAGCAAGGUAAGACACAAGUUUGAACUUUUAUUUUAUACUGUGAUAAUCAUGAAACUUUAAAAAGUUAUUUUGAUAUCUACACUGUACAAUGUACUUUAGAGUGAGUAUUUAGAUCCAGGUGAAAUUACAGUGCAACUAAAGAGAGCUAAAUCACCUCCUGAAAAAAUGAAUGGAAUUAAAACGAAAUAAAACUUUACGUUUUAAAUUUAUGACAUUUGAAUUUAUGUCAAAGCUUUCAAUGCACCCUUGAUUACUAAGAAAAUAAGUUAUACAGUUUAUUAAAUGAAUAUGCCAGUGAUUAAAAUCUUUCUUUGUUGUGCAAGAAAAAUAUUCCUGCGCCUUGAGAACAUCACCUUGAUGUGCACAAAAACCAUAAAUGCUUUGCACAGUAGAAGUGUUUUUAAUAAUAUCUUUUUUGUCUGGUUUAUUUAUCAGCCAAAGGUUUCCAGUCUUUAUCCCAGUUUCAGUACUCCUUUACCUGCACCUACAAGAAAGGUAGGUAUCCUGUACUCUUACGGUACUCCCAACCUGUCUUGCUUGAAUUGGUUGAGUUGCAAUUUACUGGCAAAUGUCUAAGCAUCAGAUUUCAGGAUAACCCCAGUCAGGUUUCUAACAAAUAAGAACUGUCAAAUUGUUUCUUCAGUGAUUGCAUGCAGGCUUUGAGAAGCAUUCCUCAAAACCAAUAUUAUGAAACUUUUAUUUUUACGUACAAAUUCUCCAUUGUUAGGAGAAUAUUGAUAUUGAUUACUAUGAGGGAUUAAAGGGUAAAGAAAACUUCACAUUAAGCAUACACCAUGAAUUACUUGUGCAUCAGGUUGAGUUAGCACCAAACGUUUCUUUUUGUAUAUUCUGUUAACAAAAGUGCAUUAUCUAAGUAGACACUUCAUUAAUUUUGACGCACACUGUAAACAUGAAUGACAUUUUUUAGGUUGAGGUGAAGAAAGUCAGAGCCCUGUAUGACUUUGAGGCAGUGGAAGACAAUGAACUCACCUUUAAGUCUGGAGAGAUCAUUUCUGUUCUUGAUGACAGGUUGGUAGGUCAUAAAACUUGCUAAGCUCCAAUGGUACUGAUACAGCACAGUGUAAGCAUGGUGAACUGACCUGGCAUUUACUCUAUUCUGCACAAGAAAAUGAAAGCUUUUUAUGGAAACCAUGUUGGCAGCAAAUUCAGUUUUUAUUGUUGUUGGUUUCAAGUGUAAUCAACUUUAAUUUGCAUGUUGAAAGUACAGCACCAUAGUGCAUUGUUUGAAGCAAUAUCAUCUACUAAUCUUGGGUAACCUGUACAUCCGAGUGUCAUUGGGUGUCCUGUAUACUGUGAAGUCAUCUGCUGUCAUUUCUAUUGUCAUAAAUGUUUAAUGUUAGAAAUAUGGUACAUCUAUAAGAGUUCAUGUUUGACCAGAAGGUUUUUUAGCCUGUGAGCAAGCUCCGUGGGGGGGUUCUGGGGGUAUCCACACCCACCCCAUGUCCAUCCCUGGCCCCAAGUGCCCCCAAGAGAGCUUGCUCAAAGGCUAUAAGGUCUGCAACAGGCCACAUUGCUCAUUGUAUUCUUUCUCUACAGUGUUGCAAACUGUGAGCCAGCUCCCUGGGGAGCUCUGGGGGUAUCCCAGGCCAUUCCCUGUCCAUCCCUGGCCCCAAGGGCCCCCAAGAGAGUUUGCUCAAAGCCUACAAGCUUUGCAACAGGCCACAUUGCUCAUUGUAUUCUUUCUCUACAGUGAUGCGAACUGGUGGAAAGGAGAAAACAGUCAAGGCAUCGGUCUCUUUCCUUCAAAUUUUGUGACAUCUGAUUUGUCUGAGCCUGAAAGCCGUAUGUAUCCUAUACGGUUGCAAUCUACAUUGUAGCGUUUUGUAUUUUUUUUUCCUUUGCACUUUGGUGUUCUUAUAGAAACCUGUAUGUUACAUUGCCCAGGAGGGAAAGUUUGCAUGGAAAAUUCGUGAUGCACUAGUUGGAUGCAAACAAUGAUGCAAUAAAGGAAAGGCACAUGACAAAAUUUGACAUAUUGUUGUCUUUUACUCCGCUUGUCAAACUUCCUUCAGCUUCGCUUAAACUAGACUGCAAAAGAGUCCGUAUUUUUGCGUAUUCAAGUACGUGCGGGCAGUCAAACAAACCGUUUUCUUUACUGAUUUUGAGAAAAAAACCGACUGUUUUGUAGUCUACGCUUAAACAAAUUACUUGCGGAUCUCACUCAGGUGUGUGAUAAGAAAGAUCAUAUUUAUGUCUUUAACGUUGCAUUGCUCCAUAUUUCAGCACCCAAGGUUGAAAAGAAGAAGGUUCGGUGGGCAGAUGAGCCGAGGCAACAAUCAGCCACUGAAGGUACUUUGGUGAUGCUAACGAAUUCACCUUUUCCUUUCUUCUCUACCUACAAGAGAACUGCCCCCAGAGCAAUUGACCCUUAAUGAGUCUAUGCCCGCAAUAACCACCCAAACAAUAUUGUAGUGAGUGCUCCCUGAUGAAAUUCGUUUGAUAUCUUUUUCACAACUCUUCAGAAGCAUUUUGUAUAUGGGUAAAGGCGCUAAGUGAUGACUUCUGCACAGAUUGACCUAGAACAGUAACGUCCUCCUGACGUAGCAUCUUUAAACAUAUCUUUGCACACCCUGGACACCCAGAAACUCCCAAUGACGUUUUGCGUAGUAGGGCAGAAAAGGAAAUAUUAAAAAAAAUACGUGCCCAUCAACCAAUCUCAUUACGUCGAGGAGUGAUUCAAAGACUUAGCAGCAGAAGUGGGGCUGUGUGUCUGCGCCAGAUUGAUUGAGUUUUAUUUGUCGCCUGCACUAGCGACAUAGAUCUUUAGCCGCAUAUAUUUUAGUUAAUCACUUUGUAAGUCAUUGAUCCUCGGAGACCCAGGGGUAGCUAGUCGGGACAAUAGAAUGUUCGUGGUGAAAGUCACGAACAUUCUAUCUUCCUGACUAGCUACACUUGGGGCUCCCAGGAUGGAAGUUAUUACGAUUGCCUGUGUUUAUAUUUUUUCCUGUGUAUUUGUUUUAGGCUCUGCAACACCUGUGAAAACAGAAAUUAGCGAGGUACGUCGAGUUUUGUUAGGAGCAAAGAUCACAUGCGUAAGAAGUGUUGCUCGGUCGUUUCGACGUUUGGAUACAGGUUUAUUCAGUUGACGUGUAAAUAGUUCCACGUACUUGCCUUAAAGAACGAAGAGUAUUCCCCCAGAUGUUUUUCUUGUUAUUGCGAACUGUACUUGAAGUGAGCGAAUUUUUUCUUCAAUUUCUAUUUCACUAUUUAAGUUCGUGUCGAAACGACUUGUAUCCAUGCUUAGAAUCAUAAGUUUAUUUCGUAUCCUGUAGAUGGGAUGUCCACUUGUCUAUAUUUCAGGGUAUAAAAGAAUUUAAGGAAGCAAUAAUUUAGAUGUCGUAGUUAUUAACAUUUUCUGUAUUUCAAACUCUUUUUUGCAAGUUUAUUCUUUAAGAAUGCCAGCCUCAUACCAACGGAGAUUUUGUUUAUAUCUAGGAAAAAAUAAACUUGUGUACAAACAUGCUGAAAGGCGCCAACAUCGAAGGCGAGGAUGAUGAGGAAGAAAGAAUUCAAGAUAUGGAGGGUUUGUUGUGGUGUUUUCUUUUCUUUUUUUAUUGUAUGUUGUUAUCUCUUGCUGCUCAAUCUAGGGCCCUGUGCUUGAGAGUCCCGGUAAUUUUUCGGUCCGAAAUCAAAUAGACUGUAUUCAAAUUCAAAUCUAAAUCUAAAGAAUGAGAGUAUGGCUCCUAGCUAACAAACUGGUCCAGUUUGUUUUGUUAACUGAUAGUUUUAUCAUUGUUAUCUGCAAAACUAGUGCAAUCUCUGCCUUGAAUGAAAUAACAACAGCUUUUUGGGCCCCUUAGUUAACGUGACUUUCGAGAAAGGGAUCCCUGGUCCGGAAUUUCUUCGUACUUUCUUAACUGCAGAUAAAAUUAUUCAAUGUGACCAUUCCUAUGAAAGCCACUAUGCUGUACUUUCCUGUGGUACUGUUUAUGCUCUACAAGGUGGCUCUGUGGAAGAAAUUUUUAUCUGCAAGCAUUUAUGUGAAAGCUACUGUGUACUACUCACCUACUGUGAUCUUUAGUUUAUUUUAAAGUUGUGAAAAUUAGAAAUUAUGAAACUAAUGGUAAUUAUUAUUUUAUAGAUGAAUGUUACAGAAUGGAGCCACUCAUUAAGGACAAGAUUGAGGAAAGCGAGAGGUACAGCAGCUGUAGUCAAAUGCAUUUUUAAUGUUUUUAAAAUGCACAGUAGUGUUUUGUCAGUUUCGUCACUGACUACUUUUGUAGGUUGAAUGCAUGAACGUUCUCGCAACUCUCGAGAGUAAUCACUUCGUCAAUUGUUGAGAAUAGUUUAUCCUAAUUGAAAUUCUAAAGAUUACAGUUUGAGCUCAGGAAUAUUUGGUCACUAAACAGCAGCCCUUGACCCCCCUUGUGAAGACUUAAUUUGUGCUCUCACAAGCACAGGAUUCGCAGCAACCGUGGAUUGCUAAGCGUCCAUCUGUGUGAUUCAGUUUUUAACAAAGAUGAGGACCGCGGACGUUUGACAUGAAUGUCUUAGAUUUCCUCCUGUGAAAUGAUAUUUAUAUCUUCCAUUCCGUAGAAAACACCAGGAAUUAACAUCAAUGAACGAGCAGUACCUGCAAGCACUCAGUUUAUAUCAAAGGUUGGUUAAAUUUCCUACUCUACAUUAA